AUGGCAGAAGUUAUUCCUAGAGUUGAUGCUACCCUAUUAGAGUCUUACAAGAACCGUGCGGUUCGCAUGAUUGGUAAAGCCCAAGUGGUGAAUUCUCAUGAUUCGAGCGUGGCAUUUGACAGUAACGGAUCAACCAAGCUUUUAUUGCCACCAAACAUUCAAAUGGAAGAGGGCCAAUAUUAUGAAGUCAGUGCCAAAGUGAGCGAUGAUCUAACUGUCAGAGUAUUGGACAGUAUUGCCAUGGGUGACCUGAUAAGUAAGUGUGGAGAUUGA